UUAUAUGACUCCUGCGUUUACUUCGCGUGGUUGAAGAACCGCGAAAUGAAGAACAUUAGCUGCUCUACCCUUUUUAAAAAGAGAAAAUCAAGAACAUGGAUUUCCCGCUCUUUAGAGCUCCAAUCUUCUACUUAAAUCCUCCCUCCAUCGAAUCUCAAUCCAUCUCAGUUCGAUCCCCAACAUCUUCCUCGUUCGAAAGGCGUUUCUCUCACGCGAUUUCGUGCCGGAGAAUGUCUUGCGAGCUUGAAACUGCUCCUCCAACGCUCAGGACAGUCACAAUCUCGUAUUCGGAGCUCCAGGAUAAAGAUGGGGAUUUGUCGAUGAAGAUUGAGAAUGGUUUUGGGCCCAAUGGACUGGGGAUUAUAUCUGUUUCGGAUGUUCCAGGAUUUCCUUUAUUACGCCAAAAUCUCUUACGUCUUUCCCCCCGAUUAGCAAGCCUUCCUGAAGAGGUAAAGAAGGAGCUUGAAGAUCCAGAUAGCAGGUAUGGCUUUGGAUGGAGUCAUGGAAAGGAGACGCUAGAGUCUGGUAAACUUGACAUGUUGAAAGGCUCUUUUUACGCAAAUCCAGUUUUAGACACACCAACGACCGAGGCUUCCCUUGUGCAACGGUAUCCAUCAUAUUGUAGACCAAAUAUAUGGCCUAGCAAUGCUUUGCCUGAACUUGAAGAGGCAUUCAAGGCUCUUGGGAAGCUGAUGUUGGAUGUUGGAUUGAUGUUGGGUUAUCACUGUGACCGAUAUGUAACCAAAGUGGACCCGUUGUGCAAUGACGAAAGCCUCAAGCAGAUACUUCUGCAUUCUCGGUGCCACAAAGGUCGUCUUCUCUAUUACUUUCCAGUACAACAGAGUGAUUGUACCCAAGAUCUUGGCAACAUGUCAUCAUGGUGCGGAUGGCAUACUGACCAUGGUUCUCUUACAGGUCUUACCUGUGGUAUGUUUACAAGAGAUGGUGUAGAAAUAGCAUGCCCUGAUAGUGCUGCUGGCCUUUAUAUUCGAACGCGAACUGAUCGGAUUGUCAAAAUUGUACAAUUUCGCAAUGCAGUUGGAAUGUUCGGGCACCAGGCCGCAAAGAUGUCGAGGACCACCAUGAUGCCAUGCAAAUGGUGGGCCAUGUACGUGACUGACCGCGAGGUUUUACGGCGGUUUGUUGUCCCUGUGCUCACACAGACAGUCUCAUCCUCACCCUGUGAAAGAAAUUGGAGCACAUUCUCUCUCUUCCACACAAAUAAGCGCAACAGACUGGGGUAUGAACAACUUUAGAAGCUGGUGUAUUGCCACUACAAUAUGGAGCUACGAGAGAGGCUGCUCCGAUCUAAAGGAAGAAGAAAAGCACAGGAGGACCCAUUGAACCUGAUGGCGCUUGGACAACAUUCAUUUAUUUAGUACAAGGACCCAAUUUACUAGUGGGUUAGGUCGGAUGACUUGGAUACUAAAGAUGGGCGACCGGACCCGCAUGUUGUGGAGGAGGUAGCAAGACAAGGGAUCGAUGUUCAUGCACAUGUGGAGCAGUAAAGAUCUCUUGAUGAGGCAUUCAACCCAUUGACGAGGAGUUUGGUGGAUAGUUCGCGUCAAUCAUUAUCACGUGGAAUACAUGGUGGGGAGACAUUGUCUGACACUGAGACAUAGAUUGAUGCAGCGGGUGGAUCCGGUGAUGGUGAUAAGUC